CACAGGCGCCUACCAUCAACAACACCACCACCUAUUACAACAACAUAACCAACAAACUAUGACGUCACCCUACGGUCAAGGUCACUCGAGAGCCUUCCAAGGUCACGCGAGGCAGUUUGAAGGUCACAUCUCCACUCCCGAUCUAGAAAAAGAUCAGCUGGAGAGAAAUUCAAACUCCAGCUGUUGGCGAUGCUUCGAUAGAGGCAAGAAGAACUGUGAUGGAGGAGGUGGAGUAGGAGGGGGAGGAGUGGGAGUGAGUGAGAACAAUCAUAAUCAGAGAGAGAGGAUGUGGAGCAGUAUGGAGAUGUCUGAUCAGGGCACGCAGACCCCUGAAAAUAUUGACAGAGAGACAAGAAAUUCCAGGUUAAGGUCGUUGAGGUUACAAUUGAAUGUGUCGCCUUCUACUAUAAAUCUUAGUUUUCUGAACAACCGCACCAAACGCCAGAACAUGGCUGCCAACGCAGUGGCAACCGAACAGAAGGCGUCCAAGGUGUUGGGUCUGGUGUUCUCGACGUUCGUCCUGUGUUGGACUCCCUUCUUCUCGCUCAACAUCCUGUUUGCCGCCUGCCCGCACUGCCACGUCCCCGACCACAUCAUCACCUUCUGCCUCUGGCUCGGAUAUGUCUCCUCCACCAUCAACCCCAUCAUAUACACCGUCUUCAAUAAAACUUUCAGGGCUGCUUUCAUCAGACUCCUGAAAUGCGACUGCCAGCGUUUGGCCCAACCGCCUCGCUACCUCUCGGUCAACGAGAACCGGAGCUCCGCCCUCCUCCAAACACCAUCCUCCACCAUGGCUAUGAGUGCCUCUGCCUCGGCAGCCGCUCUCCCUCUCUCUCUAUCCAUGAUGGGCAACAAUGCCGCUGCAUUAACUCCUACCAACUCGUCCUAUCUGAUGAAUAUGAGUAAUCAGACUAGUAGAACGCCCGAUAGUUUCGUCAUUGAUGAGGAGGAGAUGGAGGGGGAUAACUCGUGAGGAGGAGGAG